AUGGAUGCCCUCAAGCCUCCGGUCCCUUAUACCAAGGGCCAGAAUUUCAGCAUACUAUCUCAUGUUGCACCCCCACCCACGCCUGUGACAUAUGGCUGCUGUCUGAACGGCCCUGCUGGGAGGGAGGAGCAAAGCCAUCUCACACCCGUUGCUCGAUGCCUACAAAAUCCCCCCCUACCGGGAAGUCCUGGCUCAUCCCGCAUCGAUCUGACAGUUGUCGAUCCGUUCCGAGUGGGCGAUGGCCAUAAUGCGCAAGUCUUUGCCGCGAAGGUUCAAAACAACCCCCAAGCGCCCGACGGUGAAUCAAAGGUACUAGUAGCAAAGGUCUUUGAUCCGCUUUAUCAGGAUGACGACGAGGGAUAUCUGAAUCCCUUUCUUUGCAUGAAUAAAUACUAUACCCACGAGGUGCAUGCCUAUUCUAUACUCUCCGAGUUUCAGGGUGGUCUUAUUCCUAGAUUCUACGGGUCCUACACACUAGAUCUCCCGGUCUCUGAAUCAGCCGUCCGCGUUGUCCGACUGAUUCUGAUCGAAUAUAUCCCCGGGUUAUCCAUGCUUCAGCUCAAGCCAGAAGACUUUUCGCAGCCGUGUCGUCAGCAGAUUAUGAAAUAUAUAAUUGAUUUUGAGAGCUUAGCCUGGAAAUAUGAUGUCGGACUCACCGAUCUAAGUCCUAGAAACACGAUGUUGCUGGAUUUCAACUGCCAUUCUCAACGGAAAGUAGUAUUUCUGGACUUUGCAAGCGCGAUUUUCGGCCGCAGACUAGACGGCCCAAUAACAGGUCCACCGAACUUGUUUCUCGGGCAAUAUAUCUCCCCGCGUUUGCGAUGGAACAGAGACUUGGCAUGGCCUUUCAAUGACUGGAUCGACUGGGAGUUAGUGCCCUGGAUUGAACGCGAAUAUGCCCACGAAGAGGCGUUGAUCACGCCGGAAAUGAGGAAGGAAUACUGCUCCCCAUGACCGUUGCAGUCGACGGGAUGGAUGUGACCAGGCUGUGACCAGGCUUCCCCCUACCCAUGUUUGUCGAACCGCCCUGUAAGGGUCGCACAUCACUCGGCGCGACUAA